AUGAGUGACGCUGAAUUGUUGGAAGACCAAUUGACUGCUGCCGUUCUCACAGAAGAUGUAGCCAAAUUAGAGAGCAUUAUAAACCGGCUGUAUUCACCUGGUGAUUUAUCAGAAUGGAUGUAUGGAUAUAACUUACUUCGCAUCGCUAUAGAGGCCAGGAGUGAUAGAAUCAUAGAUUUUCUGUUAGCCAGAAACGUUCCAGUAAAUAAUGCCAAUGAAGAAUAUCGAGACACGCCGCUUCAUUUGGCAGUUGUAAGUAGGAAUCUUGAAACAGUAAAAAAGCUGUUGGAGAAAAAAGCUGAUAUUAAUAAAGAAAAUCAGUAUUCUAAAAAUGCACUUGAUAUCGCAAUAUCUGACCAUUAUGAUAAUGGUCCCUUAAGAUUUUACAAUAAUAAAACGAUGAUAGAAGUACUGGUGGAUCAUGUGUCUGACAAUAACAUCACGGAUCAAAAUUACGUGAGACUACUCAAUCAUCUGAUAGAUAAAGGCCACGUUGAGUUAUCAGAAAAAUUAUUGACCAAGUGCCUGCAUGUUGAUUUAAACAAGGCAAUGAGGAUUUACAACUUUUUAUGUGAGUCAGUUCAAAAACAAUAUUUAAAUAUCGUGAGUCUUUUGUUGGCCCGCGGUGUUGAUGUUAAUUUCAUUGACUAUAGACGCCUUGGUGCAAAGACGGCGUUAUAUAUUGCCUGUACAAAUGAAGAUGAAGAAAUGGUAAAACUUCUUCUUAUCAAUGGCGCAAGUACUGAUAUUAAAAAUGGGCCCUAUGUCGCUGAUACAUCAAUAAAUUAUUUCUCUACGUUUUACUAUCCUAUUCACGCAGCUACCAAAGAUAACGAUGACUGUAAAGUUCUUGAACUGCUUAUAGACCAUGGCGCUGAUAUCUACAAAAAGUACGUAGAUCCUCGUGGGUGUCAAGGUUCGGCACUCAGUUUAGCUUUUAGCUAUAGCCCAAAAAAAUUUAUUGAUAUGCUCAUGAAAAAAGGCGUGGACAUUAAUUUUAAAGAUGAAAAUGGCGAUGCUCUAAUCUCUUAUGCUGUUCAUAAUCAAAACAAAGAGGUUUUUGAAUAUGUCUUGACACAUCAGGAUUUAAAUGUAUUAGAUUACCACAAUAUUGAGCGCAUUCUGCGCGCAGCUGUUCAACUCUGUCAAGUUACAAGAGUAGAGCAAGUAAUUAGGUACAUUCAGCAACAAGGUUCGUACUCUUUUUUAAGAUAUGAAGUUGACGUUAAUUUAUUUAGUGACAGAGCACAUUCUCCAAUACUGCACACCACUGUGUGUGGUUAUAAUAGUUCUUAUUUGAAGCCCCUCAUUGAAUAUGGAGCUGAUGUUAACUUUUUAAACAGUCGAGGAAGAACGCCGCUUCAUUCUGCAUUUCAGUUCAGAAGAUUGGAAUCUAUCAAAAAUCUAGUUAAAUUCGGCGCUGAUAUUAAUGUAAUUUGUGACGAUGGCUACACACCUCUUGAUUAUGGACUUCAAGGUCAUCUAUUCAGCAAUCGGAAAAGAGAUAACCCAGAUUCAAAUUUUUUAUCCCAAGUAAAUGGAGUUAAAGACAUCGUUAAUUUUUUUACUCAGCACGUUGUAAAGCUAAAGCUUUUGAAUUUGUAUGUUAAUGAAAAUAUUAACGAUGCCCUGAUAACUAGAUCCAUAUAUCCUGACAACAGCCUGAUGGCUAGAUUUGCAAACCCAUAUAGAUAUAAAAAGAAAUAUGAACAAGAAAUAAAAAAAAUGAAGCGUGUAAUAUUAAGCGACGGUGUUACCUAUUAUGACCUCGUGACUGCUAAUUUGGUCACAAUAAUUGCGUUCUUGAACAAUGAUGAUAUUUUUAAGAAAUUAGAAUUUGAAAGCUACAAAACAAAGUUCCCGCACUAUUGGGAAAUCAUCAGUGGAUGCUUCUGGAGAGGAUACGCCAGAAAAAGACUUCUAGAUAAAGUGUCAGAGCAUCCUAUUUUCAGACCUAUCUUCGAGUUACCAUAUCCGUGUUUCAGAGAAAUAAUGAAUUACCUCAGUAACGCCGAUUUGAAAGAAUUCUUGGUUAAAAGUGCUUUUUAUUUUAAUAUUUAG